GACGUCCGCUGCAGAAAGACAAAGGGGUAGGAGAGCAGAUGCGAUGGAUGUUAUCUACACCGUGGGUCGGUGCUAACAACAGAUAAACGACUCUGUUGGUCCCUGUUUAAUUGCAGCCGGUUCUGAGGAAAUAUAACGUUCUGAGUGGAUUAACACCUUAAUUACAUACGAUGGGGGUAGAGCAGUUGUGUAUUUUUUGUGCUCAGCUGUUGAAAGACUUCCUUGCACUUGUGCGAGGGGUUAUGUCAGACUUUGCACAGAAAAUAAGGGACUGUGUGGAUGCUAUUAGCCAGUGUUCCUGCUUGAAAAGAAAAAAAGACGUGGUCAGUAAAUUUUACAAGCCUGUUCUUCAGCAGCAUGAAAGACAAGCAGCACAGGAAUUUCUGCAACACCUGGACACAGGUACUGACAAACCACUGCUUGACAAUGAUUGUCUACAUGCCCUGAGGACUUUAGCUGUUUCUGAAAACCCUAACCUACAACAGUCAGCUGCCAUAUACUAUUUACACAUUAGUCAACAGUUAAAUGCACCAUUACCUGUUGAGUUCUUGGAACCUUACAAUGCUUUGCUCCAGUCCAGCGAUAUGGAGGUACAGAGGAUCACUUCACUGGCACUUGUCAAUCUUUUGGUGGAGGAAAAUGUGAACAAAGAGUUAGUGGUUGAAAUGGGGAUGCUGGAGCCGAUACUGGAACUUUUGGAGUCUGGAGACCCUACUGUCCAGUGUAACUCAUGUGCAUGUGUGGCCACCCUCACAACUUCCGAAUCAAACAGAGAAGCAAUUGCAUCUGCAGGUGGAGUUUUGCCAGUGCUGGUGCUUGCAAAGUCCUAUGAUCCGCGGGUGCAGCAGAAUGCUGUCGGCGCCAUUCUGAAUCUCACCAGAUCAGAGAGGACUAGAGAGGUUUUGUGGAGGGAAGGUGCCUUGCCUGUUCUUACAGUUCUUCUAGAGUCUGCCGACUCUGAAGUUCAGUAUUACAGCUGUUCUGCUCUAAGCAAUUUUGCAACUAAUCCCGGGUACCACCAGAUUAUGCUUCAAGUAGGGGACCGGUUCCUGCUGAAGGCACUGCUCUCCUUAAUGUCUUCCUCUGUUCAAAAGAUAUGCUGCCAAUCGUGCCGUUGCCUCGGAAACUUAUCAGUUAAUGUAAAUACCCAAGAGGUGCUUGUGGCUAUGGGCUGCAUUCCUCAGCUGAAGGCUUUGCUCGGGUCCUCCAGUGAGCCUGUGUCAGAAUCAGCAGUCACUCUCCUCAGUGCCCUGUCAGAACACCCCCACAACAGGGAUGCCUUGGUGAAUGAAGGCUUUUUGAAGAUUCUGAAAGAGCUGCUUAGUUUCAGAACCAACCCAGUAAUCCUUAGCCACACUGCCUAUACCAUCAGGAACCUGAGCUCCAGUCAGAGUGUUCAGGCUGUAAUUGACAGCGAGUGUGUAGAUGGGUUGCUCCAGACUCUUGCUUGUACGGAUACUACAGAGGAAUCCCUGCUUUGUGUCACUACCUGUGUAAAAGAGCUUACAGCACUUGAAUCACUGAAGUCACACACAGCUGAAAAAUUGAAUGCUGAGCUGGUAGGACGUCUUAUCAGUUUGGCUGGCCAGUUUGAAAACACAGAGUUAUCGUUUCACGCUGCAUAUAUUAUCAGCCAGCUUGAACCAAAAGAUGAAGUUCGUCAGUCAUUAAAGCCUCACAUCAAUGAAGUUUUGGGAUACCUGCUACUAUUUCUGAGUCAUCAAGAAGUUAGGUUCCAGCAUCUAGGAAUACUCACCCUCUGCAGGCUCAAUGAAGAUGCUCAAUUUUCAUCAGCUAUUGGACUAAGCCCUUUAGUGGAGCAACUUCAGAGGGUCCAGCAGCAAACAGAAGAAACACAAGCCCUAUUGAGGAUGGCAAUGCACUCAACAAAUAGAGAAGGACAGGGGCAUUAAUGACCUCGUCUCCAUUGAAUCUUUUUUCACUUUUUACUUUAGCAGUGUGUUAUCUAUUGUGAUUGUGUUUUAUCAAUUGUUGUUUUACAUUUGUCAGCAAAUCUGCUCUUCAUACAUUUUUUAAAUCUAUUUUUUGUCGACUGAAAAUCACAAAAUCCAUGAACUGUAUUCCUUCGAAUUUGUCACACUUUUUAAACCAAUUGUUCUUAAAAAAAUAAAAAAAAAAUAGCCUGCA